AGUUGUUUACUUCCGGUUGGAUAGCGCCAUUUUUCAAGUUUUCAAAGCACAUUAACCAAAUGCCUCCCAAAAAGAAAACUAGGGAGAGUCCCAAGAAAAAUGCAGAGCCAAUGGAAGUUGAUGAAAAUGCUGGAAAGGACCAGCCGACAGAUCAAGCGCAGGUGUCCGCUGUCAGUCGAGGAUUCAGACCUGAAGAUUACGGGGAAAUUGAGAUCCCAGCCGCCCCAGAGAGUGUAGCCACCUAUGACAUCAACGGGCCUCGGCUGAUGAUUACCAAAAUUGUCAAUGAGAACUUCAAGUCAUAUGCAGGAAUACGUGAGCUGGGGCCAUUCCAUAAGAGCUUCACGUCGAUUGUGGGACCCAAUGGCAGUGGCAAGUCCAACGUGAUUGACUCCAUGCUGUUUGUGUUUGGGUUCCGCGCUUCCAAAGUGCGCCUGAAGACCCUGAGUGGACUGAUCCACAACAGCGAGCAUCACCUCAAUGUCCCCGGCUGCACGGUGACCGUGUACUUCCAGAAAAUCAUAGACACAGGGCCGGGCGAGGAUGAAUACACAGUUGUGCCCAACUCAGAAUUCCACGUCUCUCGUACGGCCCUGCAGGACAACUCGUCCCACUACUGCAUUCAGGGGCGCAGGGCCACCUACAAGGAGGUCGGGAACCUGCUGCGCGCUAGCGGGAUUGACCUCGAUCAUAACCGCUUCCUCAUCUUGCAGGGUGAGGUGGAGCAGAUAGCCAUGAUGAAGCCCAAGGCGCCUACGCCCCACGAUACGGGCAUGCUGGAGUUCCUCGAGGACAUCAUUGGCAGCAACCGCUUUAAGGAACCCAUAGAGGUGCUCGCCAAGCGGGUGGAGACACUCAAUGAGCUGAGGGGCGAGAAGAUGAACCGCGUGAAGGCGGUAGAGAAGGACAAAGAUGAACUGGAGGAAGCCAAGAAUGAGGCAGUAGAGUACCUCACUAUAGAGAACAAUAUCACCAAACUGAAGAACAAGCUUUUCCAGAAAUAUAUCUCGUCGUGUCAGAGCAAUGAGGAGAAGUUCAAGUUGGAGUUUGACCGGGUGAACAAGGGCAUGGAGGAGUUCAACGCAAAGAUGAAGGAGAUCACAGAGGAGAAGGGGCAGAAGGUCAAGAAGCAGAAAAAGAUACUCAAAGCCUAUGACGAUCUCACGAAGAAAUGUGAAGAAGACAAAGAGAAGUUUUCAGAGUUUGAGAAAACUGACGUGAAAAUGAGAGAGGACCUGAAACACGCAAAGUCCAAGAGCAAGAAGCUGGAGAAAAACAUAGAACAGGAGAAGAAAAAGAUAGAGGAGCUGCAGGAGGUUCCUGCGCAGGCACAGAAGGCCAUUGACGAGAUGCAGAAGAAGAAAGAACGCCUUGAGAAGGAGAAGGAAAAGGAAGAAGUGAAGCUCAAAGAAGUCAUGGACAGUCUGAAAACUGAAACACAGGGGCUUCAACAAGAGAAAGAUAAGAAGGAGGAAGAGUUACUGGGCCUGCAGAAAUCUGUCAACGAGAAGAAAUCAAAGUUGGAAGUUUCCCAGUCAGAGCUGGACCUGUAUCUUAGCAACCAGACCCUGGAGACAAACAAGCUCACCGACAUGCAGGGCCGUCUGGACAAGGCAAGGGAAACGCUGAAAGAACGAUCUAAAGAGGUGUCUGACCUGGAGCGCAGGCUGCCCAGCCUUGAGGCAGCUGUGGAGAAGGCUCAACAUGACUACGAGGUCGCUGUACAGAGAGAAGCAGAGCUUGCGGAGGAGAUCCGCACAAUUCGGCGCACGGUGGAGGAAGGUCGUAGCUCCAUGGAGGCCAACAAGAGUCGAGGCAAGGUGAUAGACUUCGUGAUGAGCCUCAAAAAGGCUGGAACAAUACCUGGCGUCUAUGGAAGACUGGGAGAUCUUGGAGCCAUUGAUGAGAAAUACGACGUCGCCAUAUCAACCGCGUGUGGUGCCCUUGACAACAUUGUUGUUGACACUAUGGAGACCGCUCAGAAAUGCGUAGAGUUUUUGAAGCGGGGCAAUGUGGGCAGUGCUUCCUUCAUCGGUCUCGAUAAGAUGAAACGCUGGGAAGAUAAUGCCAACAGAACUAUUAACACCCCUGAGAAAGUUCACCGACUGUUUGACCUUGUGCGUGUGAAAGAUGCCGAGAUCAAGAACGCAUUCUACUUUGCUCUGAGGGACACACUGGUGGCGGAUGACUUGGACCAGGCUACCAGGAUCGCAUACGGAGCCCAGAGGUUCCGUGUGGUCACACUGCAGGGGCAGCUCAUUGACCAAUCAGGUACGAUGUCCGGUGGUGGUAAGAGCGUGUGUAAGGGCAGGAUGGGAUCCAGUGUGGUGGCAGAAGUGGACACCAAGGACCUGGCAAACAGCGAGGCCAAGCUGAACAAGCUCACCCAGGAGGGACAGCAGUGUCGCGCCAACAAGGAGAAACUAGAGGACGCCAUCAAGCAGCAUAAGAAAGAUAUCACCCACGUACAGCACACCAUACAGAAGUCUCACAACGAGAUCAAGUCUCUGAAGGAGCAUGUGAGCAGCCUGGAGGGUCAGAUAGAGGAGCAGAAGGAACGCGUGAAGGCGGCCGCACCUGACCAGACGGCGCUGAAACAGCUGGAGAAGACAGUGGCAGAGUACAAGAAGGAUUACCAUAAGGUUGCAGAGGUAGCCAAUAAACUGGAGGCAGAGGUGCAGGAGCUGCACAACCAGAUAAUGGACAUUGGAGGGUCCAAGAUGACCGCGGCCCAGUCACGCGUGAACACCAUCCAGUCGCAGAUUGACAACGUUGAGAGCCAAAUCACCAAGGCAACAGUAGGCGUGAAGACCUCUGAGAGAAACCUGAAGAAAGCUGAAGAGAAGGUGGAGAGUCUGCUGGCAGAGAUAGAGGAGAACAAGGAGAACGUGAAGCAGCUGGAGGAACGGCUCACACAGCUGGAGGAGGAGGCCACCAAGGUCAUGGAGGCAUACCAGCAAUCUCAGGAGACCAUGAAGGCCGCAGAGACGGCCCUCACGGAGGUGAACAAGGAGAUGUCUGAGCUGGAGGAGACGGAGAACAAGCUGCAGAGAGACGUGAUCGACGUGAAGAGUGAACUCGACAUGUUCCAGAACCACAUCAAGGAGAACCAGGCCAAAGUGAAGCAUUGGAAGAAGGAGUUGUCCGGCCUGUCCCUGACACCAAUAGACCGUCAAGAGCCCGAGACUUUGGCCACGAUCACGGAGGAGGAGAUCGCGGGAAUAGACAAGGAGGACACGCAGUUCCAGAUCACUGCACUCGAGGAGAAACUUACCCAGAUGAAGCCAAACAUGGCCGCCAUCGCCGAGUACAGGAAAAAGGAGGAGCUGUACCUGCAGCGUGUGGCCGAGCUGGACCAGAUCACGGAGUUCCGUGACAAGCAGCGUGCCUACCACGAGGAUCUGCGUAAGAAGAGGCUUGAAGAGUUCAUGGCGGGCUUCAGCGUGAUCACCUACAAGCUGAAAGAGAUGUACCAGAUGAUAACCCUGGGUGGUGAUGCAGAGUUGGAGCUCGUCGACUCGCUGGAUCCUUUCUCAGAGGGCAUCGUGUUUAGCGUGCGGCCACCCAAGAAGUCAUGGAAGAAUAUCUCCAACCUGUCUGGAGGGGAGAAGACCCUGAGCUCCCUGGCCCUCGUGUUUGCCCUGCACCACUACAAGCCCACCCCUCUCUAUGUCAUGGAUGAGAUUGACGCGGCUCUCGACUUCAAGAACGUCUCUAUUGUCGCAAAUUAUAUCAAGGAGCGGACAAAGAACGCCCAGUUCAUAAUCAUCUCUCUCCGUAACAACAUGUUUGAGCUGGCUGAUCGUCUGGUCGGCAUUUACAAGACGGACAACUGCACAAAGUCUGUGACUAUCAACCCAGCCAAGCUGUCCAUACCCCCUCUACAAGAAGUGGACGGAAACAUUGUAUAGGUCAUUGUGUUAUUGUUGUUGUCUUAUCUGGGGAACUGAUCAAAGUCAAGAGUGUCAAGAACGAUGGACAUAAUCCAUAUUGUGUCAGUGUUUUGGCAAAGCUACAUGAGCCCCUUUAGAGAUGUUAACAUUGUAUGCAUUUAAUUUAUAUAUUUUGAAAUUGAGUCGCCGUUUGUAAAUCUAUCUUUAUUGCUUAAUUAGGGAGAAUGAUUUUAUAAGAGCUCUUUUUGUUCUAUAGCUAAAAAACAUAUUUCCCCCACACACACACAUGCUAAAAAAAAACAUUCAAAUAUCUGUUUAAAAAAAAAGAAAAAAGAUGCUUUCUGAAAAGUUGCAUUAUUUUGUACACCAAAAUGUUAUAAGUGUUGUUCAUAAAUACUAUUUCUUUUUCUGUCCGCAUGUUUAUGAAAAAGUUUUCCUUCCUUUGUGUCUUAUUUUGUGUAAAUAAAUCUGUAUUCAAAUGAAAGGUACCAAUAUGGAAAUAUUUAUACGCCAAUAUUAUUGGGUACCCUACCAUUUUGUGUUCACACAAAUACGUUGUUCUAUUUACUAUGUAUUAAACAACUGUAAUAAAUAAUGAAUCAUG